ACUGGGGCACUGAGAAGGCAGACCAACAGAAGUGCAGUGCAAGCAGCAUGGACUGAUAACACUGUAUCGCCACAAUGACAGUUGAACUCUUCAGUCACUGAAUAACAAGGAGCAAAGCAGUCAGAAAAGCUCAAUGGAACCCAAGCUACGUCACCGCAGGGGGAGAAGUCUCUCUGAGGGGCUGAUGCUGGAGGAAUCCGAGAAGGGAGGAUUGGUUGUCUCCAGCUUUGCUGGUGGCUCCUCUGCCAAUCAUGGACUCAAAGAAGGAGAUGAAAUAGUGGGUGCCACAAUUGACUUUGAUCAACUUUCGAAAAAUGAAGUUUUGAAAUUACUGAAGCUGAUGGAUGAUAAUGGAUUUGAUGAAAAGGUUCAUGUUCUCACAAAAAAUAACUUGAGUAGGAGUAUGGGGAACUUGGACAGCAUCAAAGCCCCAAAUGAGAUGCUGAAUGAUUCCUAUAAAAGACUCUAUAAUGCCAAAAUAAAGAGGUUCAUGAAGGAUGGCAGCCCUGGGACAAAAGGCUCCCCUAAUGGACAGGUGAAAAGCAAGGGACCAAGAUCUCUGAAGGCCAAGGCUAAAGAAAAAGGUGAUUCCCAACUCCCAGUUCUAACCAUGGAUUCCCCAGUUGUCAAGACAACCAAUGCAGUUCCUGCCUACCUAGAGUCUCCAGAUCUUAAAUUAUCUGCUCCAUCAGUUAACCUGGAUUCUCCAUAUCUUGAAACAAAUAUUGAUGCUAUUGAUUCCAAUACGUCUUUACCCAAAGUGAACCUCAAAGUACCUGAUCUUAACCGGAAAGGUAUGGAUCCACUCCCCAAAGAUAUUAAUGUCCCAGAAGUAGAAAUGAGUCAGCCGGAAGGUGUUGUCACUAACCCUACACUCAACAUAAAUGCCCCAAAUCUAGAUAUUGAAAGAAAUGGCAAAGAAUUCAAAAUACCCAACAUUACCCUGCCUGACUUUGGACUCUCUGGACCUGGAAUUAACCGUAAUAUGCAGACCCUGGAUAAAGAUGUAGGAGGAGUGGAUGUCAGUGGUCCCCAUCAAGACCUACAAGCACCAAAUGUUAGUAUGAAUUCAGGGAAAGUCAGAGUCCAGUCCUCCAAAAAACUGAAAAAACCCAACCUUGAUGUAGAUGAUCCUUCUGGUUAUUUUGCAAGUCAAUCAGAUGUUAGUUUGCCUAACCUGAGUAGCCCAAAUAUUGACAUAUCAUCAGGUAGAGUCAAAGUAAAGAAACCAAAUGCAGAGCUCGAAGCUCCUGAUUUUGAUUGGGAUGCCACCUCUGGUAAACUUAACAUUUUUGGAAUCUCUGGCCUAAAAGAUAUGGGCAUUGAUUCUAAUGUAAAAACACCAAAGUUAAGUCUAAAAACUCCUGAGAUAAACGGGGGGCUUGAUGAACCUGACUUGGAUUUUCCUGAAGUCAACCUGAAAGCACUUAAAUUGGAUGUAAACACCCCAGAUAUUGACACUGACUCACCCACAAGCAAAUUCAAAAUGUCUAAACUGGGCAUGAAAGGAACUGAUGCUGACAUUAAUGCCAGUAUAAAAGGGCCAGAUCUAAACCUAAAUGCACCAAAUGUGGACAUAGAUACACCCUUAAUUGAUCUCAAAGGUCCUAAAGUGUCAAAAUCUUCAAACCUGAGGCUCAGUGCUCCAGACAUUAAGGGGGGGAGUGAUAUGUCAAACCUGAAUUUACCAGAUGCAGACUUCAAAGACCCUAAACUAGAUAUCAAUGCUUCAGACUUUAAGGGGAAUGCACCCUCUGGUAAAAUGAAAAUGCCCAAAUUUGGGCUCUCUGGCACAAUACCAAAAGGACCAAAUCUUGAUAUUAAUUUGCCAAAUGAUGACAUCAGUAGCCCGAAACUAGAUGUGAAUGUUCCAGAUGUUGACAUCAAUGCUCCAUCAGGGAAGUUCAAACUGCCCAAAUUUGGUGUCUCUGGACCAAUGGUUAAAGGGCCUGACCUGGAUCUUACAGCCCCCAUGUUUAAAGGGGGAAUUAGUCCCCCAGAUCUGGAUAUGCCUGAUGUGGAUCUGAAAGCUCCAAAACUCAAUUUGAAUGCCCCAGACAUUGACAUUAGUGCAGCCUCUGGUAAACUGAAUACCACUGAAUUUGGGUUCCCGGGCACUAUGCCAAAAGGGACAAAUCUGGACUUGAAUUUACCAGACGUGGACCUCAAAAGCCCUAAACUUGAUAUGAAUUCUCCCAAUGUUGACAUCAAGACACCCUCUGGGAAGUUCAAGAUGCCCACAUUUGGUUUGUCUGGACCAAAACUUAAGACUCCUGAUGUUGAUCUCAAAGUUCCUAAGUUUAAAGGGGGAAUUAGUCCCCCAGAUCUGGAUAUGCCAGAUGUGGAUCUCAAAGCUCCAAAACUAAAUUUGAAUGCCCCAGACUUUGAUAUCAAUGCUCCUUCUGGUAAACUGAAUACACAUGAAUUUGGUCUCUCUGGCACUAUGCCAAAAGGGACAAAUCUGGACUUGAAUCUACCAGAUGUGGACCUAAAUGGCCCUAAACUGGAUGUGAAUGCUCCAGAUGUUGAUAUCAGUGCACCAUCGGGGAAAUUCAAAAUGCCCAAAUUUGGCUUUGCUGGCCCUAAGGUUAAAUCCCCUAAACUGAAUGUUAAAGCCCCAAAGAUAAAGGGAAUUAAUUCUCCUGACAUGAAUUUACCAGACGUGGACCUCAAAAGCCCUAAACUUGAUAUGAAUGCUCCCAAUGUUGACAUCCAUGCACCCACUGGGAAAUUCAAGAUGCCCAAAUUUGGUGUCUCGGGACCAAAAGUCAAGGGGCCUGACUUGGAUCUUUCUGCCCCCAAGUUUAAAGGGGGAAUUAGUUCCCAGGAUUUGGAUAUCCCAGAUGGGGAUCUCAAAGCUCCAAAACUAAAUAUGAAUGCCCCGGACUUUGACAUGAGUGCACACUCUGGUAAACUGAAUAUGCCUCAAUUUGAUCUCUCUAGCACAAUGCCAAAAGGGACAAAUCUGGACUUGAAUUUACCAGAUGUGGACCUAAAUGGCCCAAAACUGGAUGUGAAUGCUCCAGAUGUUGAUAUCAGUGCACCUUCAGGGAAAUUCAAGAUGCCCAAAUUUGGUAUGUCUGGACCACAAGUUAAGGGGCCUGAUUUGGAUCUUUCAGCCCCCAAGUUUAAAGGGGGGAUUAAUUCCCCGGACUUGGAUCUCAAGGGCCCAAAACUAGAUGUGAAUGCCCCAGAUGUUGACAUCAAUCCACCCUCUGGGAAAUUCAAGAUGCCCAAAUUUGGCUUCUCUGGGCCAAAUGUUAAAUCCCCUAAACUGAAUGUUAAAGCCCCAAAGAUAAAGGGAAUUAAUUCAUCUGACAUGAACUUACCAGAUGUAAACCUUAAAAGCCCUAAACUUGAUAUGAAUGCUCCCAAUGUUGACAUCCAUGCACCCACUGGGAAAUUCAAGAUGCCGAAAUUUGGUAUGUCUGGACCAAAAGUUAAGGGGCCUGACUUGGAUCUUUCUGCCCCCAAGUUUAAAGGGGGAGUUAGUUCCCCAGAUUUGGAUCUGCCGGAUGUGAAUCUCAAAACUCCCAAACUAGACAUGAAUGCUCCAGACUUUGACAUGAAUGCUCCAUCUGGUAAAUUCAAGAUGCCCAAAUUUGGUAUGUCUGGACCAAAAGUUAAGGGGCCUGACUUGGAUCUUUCUGCCCCCAAGUUUAAAGGGGGAGUUAGUUCCCCAGAUUUGGAUCUGCCGGAUGUGAAUCUCAAAACUCCCAAACUAGACAUGAAUGCUCCAGACUUUGACAUGAAUGCUCCAUCUGGUAAAUUCAAGAUGCCCAAAUUUGGUAUGUCUGGACCAAAAGUUAAGGGGCCUGACUUGGAUCUUUCUGCCCCCAAGUUUAAAGGGGGAGUUAGUUCCCCAGAUUUGGAUCUGCCGGAUGUGAAUCUCAAAACUCCCAAACUAGACAUGAAUGCUCCAGACUUUGACAUGAAUGCUCCAUCUGGUAAAUUCAAGAUGCCCAAAUUUGGUAUGUCUGGACCAAAAGUUAAGGGGCCUGACUUGGAUCUUUCUGCCCCCAAGUUUAAAGGGGGAGUUAGUUCCCCAGAUUUGGAUCUGCCGGAUGUGAAUCUCAAAACUCCCAAACUAGACAUGAAUGCUCCAGACUUUGACAUGAAUGCUCCAUCUGGUAAAUUCAAGAUGCCCAAAUUUGGUAUGUCUGGACCAAAAGUUAAGGGGCCUGACUUGGAUCUUUCUGCCCCCAAGUUUAAAGGGGGAGUUAGUUCCCCAGAUUUGGAUCUGCCGGAUGUGAAUCUCAAAACUCCCAAACUAGACAUGAAUGCUCCAGACUUUGACAUGAAUGCUCCAUCUGGUAAAUUCAAGAUGCCCAAAUUUGGUAUGUCUGGACCAAAAGUUAAGGGGCCUGACUUGGAUCUUUCUGCCCCCAAGUUUAAAGGGGGAGUUAGUUCCCCAGAUUUGGAUCUGCCGGAUGUGAAUCUCAAAACUCCCAAACUAGACAUGAAUGCUCCAGACUUUGACAUGAAUGCUCCAUCUGGUAAAUUCAAGAUGCCCAAAUUUGGUAUGUCUGGACCAAAAGUUAAGGGGCCUGACUUGGAUCUUUCUGCCCCCAAGUUUAAAGGGGGAGUUAGUUCCCCAGAUUUGGAUCUGCCGGAUGUGAAUCUCAAAACUCCCAAACUAGACAUGAAUGCUCCAGACUUUGACAUGAAUGCUCCAUCUGGUAAAUUCAAGAUGCCCAAAUUUGGUAUGUCUGGACCAAAAGUUAAGGGGCCUGACUUGGAUCUUUCUGCCCCCAAGUUUAAAGGGGGAGUUAGUUCCCCAGAUUUGGAUCUGCCGGAUGUGAAUCUCAAAACUCCCAAACUAGACAUGAAUGCUCCAGACUUUGACAUGAAUGCUCCAUCUGGUAAAUUCAAGAUGCCCAAAUUUGGUAUGUCUGGACCAAAAGUUAAGGGGCCUGACUUGGAUCUUUCUGCCCCCAAGUUUAAAGGGGGAGUUAGUUCCCCAGAUUUGGAUCUGCCGGAUGUGAAUCUCAAAACUCCCAAACUAGACAUGAAUGCUCCAGACUUUGACAUGAAUGCUCCAUCUGGUAAAUUCAAGAUGCCCAAAUUUGGUAUGUCUGGACCAAAAGUUAAGGGGCCUGACUUGGAUCUUUCUGCCCCCAAGUUUAAAGGGGGAGUUAGUUCCCCAGAUUUGGAUCUGCCGGAUGUGAAUCUCAAAACUCCCAAACUAGACAUGAAUGCUCCAGACUUUGACAUGAAUGCUCCAUCUGGUAAAUUCAAGAUGCCCAAAUUUGGUAUGUCUGGACCAAAAGUUAAGGGGCCUGACUUGGAUCUUUCUGCCCCCAAGUUUAAAGGGGGAGUUAGUUCCCCAGAUUUGGAUCUGCCGGAUGUGAAUCUCAAAACUCCCAAACUAGACAUGAAUGCUCCAGACUUUGACAUGAAUGCUCCAUCUGGUAAAUUCAAGAUGCCCAAAUUUGGUAUGUCUGGACCAAAAGUUAAGGGGCCUGACUUGGAUCUUUCUGCCCCCAAGUUUAAAGGGGGAGUUAGUUCCCCAGAUUUGGAUCUGCCGGAUGUGAAUCUCAAAACUCCCAAACUAGACAUGAAUGCUCCAGACUUUGACAUGAAUGCUCCAUCUGGUAAAUUCAAGAUGCCCAAAUUUGGUAUGUCUGGACCAAAAGUUAAGGGGCCUGACUUGGAUCUUUCUGCCCCCAAGUUUAAAGGGGGAGUUAGUUCCCCAGAUUUGGAUCUGCCGGAUGUGAAUCUCAAAACUCCCAAACUUGACAUGAAUGCUCCAGAUUUUGACAUGAAUGCUCCAUCUGGUAAAUUCAAGAUGCCCAAAUUUGGUAUGUCUGGACCAAAAGUUAAGGGGCCUGACUUGGAUCUUUCAGCCCCCAAGUUUAAAGGGGGGAUAAGUUCCCCAGAUUUGGAUCUGCCGGAUGUGAAUCUCAAAACUCCCAAACUAGACAUGAAUGCUCCAGACUUUGACAUUAAUGCUCCAUCUGGUAAAUUCAAGAUGCCCAAAUUUGGUAUGUCUGGACCAAAAGUUAAGGGGCCUGACUUGGAUCUUUCUGCCCCCAAGUUUAAAGGGGGAGUUAGUUCCCCAGAUUUGGAUCUGCCGGAUGUGAAUCUCAAAACUCCCAAACUUGACAUGAAUGCUCCAGACUUUGACAUGAAUGCUCCAUCUGGUAAAUUCAAGAUGCCCAAAUUUGGUAUGUCUGGACCAAAAGUUAAGGGGCCUGACUUGGAUCUUUCAGCCCCCAAGUUUAAAGGGGGGAUAAGUUCCCCGGACUUGGAUCUCAAGGGCCCAAAACUAGAUGUGAAUGCCCCAGACGCUGACAUCAAUCCACCCUCGGGGAAAUUCAAGAUGCCCAUAUUUGGCUUCUCUGGGCCAAAUGUUAAAUCCCCUAAACUGAAUGUAAAAGCCCCAAAGAUAAAGGGAAUUAAUUCACCUGACAUGAAUUUACCAGAUGUGAACCUCAAAAGCCCUAAACUUGAUAUGAAUGCUCCCAAUGUUGACAUCCAUGCACCCACUGGUAAAUUCAAGAUGCCCAAAUUUGGUAUGUCUGGACCAAAGGUUAAGGGGCCUGACUUGGAUCUUUCUGCCCCCAAGUCUAAAGGGGGAGUUAGUUCCCCAGAUUUGGAUCUGCCAGAUGUGGAUCUCAAAGCUCCAAAACUAAAUAUGAAUGCCCCAGACUUUGAUAUCAGUGCCCACUCUGGUAAACUGAAUACACCUCAAUUUGGUCUCUCUGGCACAAUGCCAAAAGGGACAAAUCUGGACUUAAAUUUACCAGAUGUGGACCCCAAGGGCCCAAAACUAGAUGUGAAUGCCCCAGACGUUGACAUCAAUCCACCCUCAGGGAAAUUCAAGAUGCCCAAAUUUGGUUUUUCUGGGCCAAAUUUUAAAUCCCCUAAACAGAAUGUUAAAGCCCCAAAGAUAAAGGGAAUGAAUUCAUCUGACAUGAAUUUACCAGAUGUGAACCUCAAAAGCCCUAAACUUGAUAUGAAUGCUCCCAAUGUUGACAUCCAUGCACCCACUGGGAAAUUCAAGAUGCCCAAAUUUGGUGUCUCUGGACCAAAGGUUAAAUCCCCAAAACUGAAUCUUGAAGCCCCAAAGAUAAAGGGAAUUAAUUCUCCUGACAUGGGUUUACCAGAUGUGAACUUCAAAAGCCCUGAACUAGAUAUGAAUGCUCCCAAUGUUGACAUCAAUGCUCCCUCUGGUAAAUUCAAGAUGCCCAAAUUUGGUGUCUCUGGACCAAAGGUUAAAUCCCCAAAACUGAAUCUUGAAGCCCCAAAGAUAAAGGGAAUUAAUUCUCCUGACAUGGGUUUACCAGAUGUGAACUUCAAAAGCCCUGAACUAGAUAUGAAUGCUCCCAAUGUUGACAUCAAUGCUCCCUCUGGUAAAUUCAAGAUGCCCAAAUUUGGUAUGUCUGGACCAAAAGUUAAGGGUCCUGACUUGGAUCUUUCUGCCCCCAAGUUUAAAGGGGGAAUUAGUUCCCCAGAUUUGGAUCUGCCAGAUGUGAAUCUCAAAACUCCCAAACUAGACAUGAAUGCUCCAGACAUUGACAUUAAUGCUCCCUCUGGUAAAUUCAAGAUGCCCAAAUUUGGUACUUCUAAACCAAAAGUUAAGGGGCCUGAAUUGAAUCUUUCAGCUCCCAAUUUUAAAGGGGGACUUAGUCCCCCAUAUGUGGACAUGCCAGAUGUGGAUCUGAAAGGCCCAAAACUUAAUCUCAGUGCUCCAGAUAGGCCGUCAGGUAGAUUCACAGGUUCAACCCCUGAUUUUGAGGUCAACACUAAUACUUUAGAAAUGCCCAAAAUGCAUACAUUUGGGUUGUCUAGUCAAAAACUACCAGAGGGAUACGUUAAUGGACCAGAGCUAAGCUUGUCAGCCACAAAAGUAAACAAAGGGUUUGAUACUCCAGAUAUAGAUGUACCUAUUCCUUCAGGUAACAUCAAAGGCCCCCAAAGUGAUAUCAAUUUGCCAGACAGUGACAUUGGUGUAUCAUCUUCAAAAUUAAAACUGCCCUCCUUUAAAUUGUCUCAGUUAGGGAACCCCAAUCUUCAAGGGUCAGGAUCAGAUAUAGAAUUUAUGAAAACCCAUGACAUUAACAUUUCUCCUCCAAAGGCUAAAGUGGAACUAAAAGCAUCAGACCUCAUCAGAAGCCCUAAAUACAAAGUGUCAUCUGAUAAUAGACGAAAACCUGAUAUCCCAGGAGGAGCACACAUCAAAGUGCCAGGCCUUGACAUAGAUACCGAUGUGACACUUCCACACAAUAUUAGGAAGCCUAGGAAUGUAAAAGAAAGGGCCAGGUAUCCCACUGCAGAUAUGGAUUUAGCAAAAAUGAAUAACCAAAUGUCUGGUGUAGAUCCGAGAGGUUUGGACCUUAACUUUGAUGAUCCUGGAGGAAAAUUAAACAUUCCAAAAACAUCCAAAUUGGGCAGCCAGAAAAGAACACCAGACCUUGAUAUAGACUCAACUCUUUCUGGUAUUAAAGUCUCUUCACCCAAACUCCCACUCUCAAAUGAUGGAGAAGUGCCUUUACAGAACCCAAGGAUGUCAGAAGAUAAAGGAUACUUUGUCACCGUAUUUCCCAAAAAUCUCAAAGGUGAUGUACCAGGUGGUACUGGGAGCCUGGAAAAAAGCCACAAAGAGUCAAAUCGAAGAUCUCAUACACUCAGAAGUCUUGACUUUGCUGCGUCAAACAUAGACCUUGACGUUCCAGAAGAUGAAAACUUAAAAGGGUCAACAUUUUUGCUUUCAAAAUUUAUAUAGUUUCAGAUAACUGACAAAAUGCAAUACUAGGUUUGUUAGAAUAAAAAACAAUUGUGGAAAACAAUGCAGAAAAUUGUUACAGUGAAUGUAAAAUUUGAUUAAAUGCACGUACUUUGUAUAGACAUUGGUAUUAUGUAAUGAACCUGUUGAAUAUGAAUGUACUAUGUUCUGAUAAGCUGUUUUUGUACUGUACAAAAUGUAUG